UAGUUUACUCUAUUGUUUGGCGUCGAUAGCAUUCGCGUCUCUGUGUUAUUGCUGGCAAUUAAAAGAAAUUAUUGUAGCGACUUAUAAUUUGAGACGUCUUUCUGAACAACAAAUAGCGUGCAAAACAAUAGUUUGCAUUAGACAAUCAACAAUUUGCAUUUACACAGUACACUACAGCAGAUAAAAUGACUGAUUGCGCCACCGACGCCGUCGAGCAACCGUCAGAUCAUCAUGUACACUUCGAUGCGGCGACCCUGAAGACUGAUGACUUUGGUUCCGACAGCUGUGUGACAUAUCAAAGGUCAGGCGACACAAUUGCCAUAAGUCUGGGCUUUCUCCAAAUCAAUCAUCGGUAUCUGAUCGAUCUCAAUUUGCCGGUGACGCUGUUCAACAACACCGGCACGCCCGAUACGAAAUUCGAGCCGGUUGUGAGCGCCACACCGAAUCUGCACUGUCGGAUCACCGAGUUCACUGGGACCAAACACGAUGAGCAUGAUUUCUACGAGAUGAAGAUCGAGUUCUUUGCCUACAAGGAGAAAUUGUUGCGCGAAACGCUGCACAUCGUCAACUCGAGCAAUGCAAAGGAAGUGCUCCAGCUGGUGAUUGCCGCCCGAGUGCUGGGCAAGGGCAAGGGCACGCCCAUGCUGCGAACUGGCAUCCAUUGCAUAGGUGUGGAACGGGAUGAUGAUGAAUCGGAGGCAUCGGAUUUCGCUGGCUUUGACAAGCCGUAGAAAGGCGCGACGAACUUGAGACUUCUUCAUUUUCUGGGGUUAUAUUUUGCAUAGUGUUUAAGUCCAAAUAUUAUAUUAUUCAUAACAUCAUAUUGUAUAUGUAAUGUUAACUUAUGCGAGUUUAUAUAUAUAUAUAUAUAUAUAUAUAUAUAUAUAUAUAUAUAUAUAUAUAUAUAUCUUAUACUCAUUGUCCUUGUCACCCAUAGAGCAUUAGCAUUUCGUUAGUACGCUGAGAGAGCUUUACGCAUCAGCGUGUACUUAAAUUCGAUAAUUUAUUCAUUGUAUUUGUUUUGUUAAGUUGUGUGUGUAUCAUAAUUUAGUUGGCAAUGCAAAUACCAUUCAAAUGUGUCACGAUUUCUAGUAUUAUCAAUUGAGUUGUAACCCCUUCUUCCCUCUCUCUACUUUCACAUAGUUGAUCUAUGUCUAGUUAUUCAAAGAAAUCACCUUGCUCACAUAACCCGGAAAAUUGUCACAGCUCGCAACUCAAUGCUCAAUCUAUCACAGCACUUCAGGCAACAACUUUGACCAAUUUGCAGGCCUUUUUGUAAUAAAUAAUAUAUACAUAUAUAUAUGAAAUCUAGUGUAUAAAAAGACGGUGUAUAGAACAUAUACUCAAUGAAUAAAUCAAUAUUUAAUCGAUUUAAGGUGCUCUACUUUCAAAUUAAAAACAAAAAAAAUGUUUAUAACUAUUAAUAUUAUACAAUGUAAUUAGCGUAAUGUGUUGCAACCAAAUAUUUACUAUGGCCAUUUGUUUAACAAAUUAUGAAAAGCAAUUUUGACAGAUAUUUAAAUAUGUAUUUACUAUAUAUCACAUAUAUAUAUUGAGAAUGUGUAUUAUAACGUCACCUCCUCGAUUAAUUUAAUGUCAAAUUCGAUAACAAGUUUUUUUCCUAGUUCUAGUAGGCGAUGAAAAACUCAUUAAAUAAACAUUUCGUUUCAAGAUUCAAUACA